CUCUCGCCUCCCGAGCCCCACCUAGCGUUUCCUACGAGAUCACUUCGACAACCUCUCCUCCGCAAUGGCUGACGCAGCGAAGAAGGCACCUAAGGCCAAGGCCCCCAAGAAGCCCGCGGCUCACCCCAAGUACUCCGUCAUGAUCGCCGCCGCCCUCGCUGCCCUGAAGGAGCGCAGCGGGUCCUCCCGUCAGGCUAUCCUGAAGUACAUCGUCGCCACCUACAAGGUUGACCCCAAGGCCGCCGCCACCCAGCUGAAGCUCGCCCUGAAGCGUGGCGUGACCACUGGCGCCCUCAAGCAGGUCAAGGGCGCCGGAGCAUCUGGCUCCUUCAGACUCAACAAGCCCGCCGCCGAAGCCAAGCCCAAGGCUGCGAAGAAACCCGCCGCCAAGAAGGCUGUCAAGAAACCCGCUGCCAAGAAGGCCGUGAAGAAGCCUGCCGCCAAGAAGGCCGUGAAGAAGCCCGCUGCCAAGAAGGCUGCUAAGAAGCCCGCCGCCAAAAAGGCCGUGAAGAAGCCUGCCGCCAAGAAGCCAGCAGCAAAGAAGGCCGCCAAGAAGCCCGCAGCGAAGAAGGUCGCCAAGAAGCCAGCAGCAAAGAAGGCCGCAAAGAAAUAGAUCGGAGAGGAAGUCCCUAGGCUUAAGGUUUUCUUCAUCGCACGGUGAAUUGUAAAUUUACUCCUUUGGAGUAUGUAUAGAUAUUGAAUAUGUUAAGAUAAAAAUUUUAUUGUACCUGAUACCCAUUUUGGGUAGAUCUCUUGUAAAUGAGAACGUCGUUUUAUUAAAUGUUUUUUUU